UGAUGAAGCUGAUUUUAUUAUUAAUAUUAAAUUGUUUUUACAUUAUUACUUGUGCCAAAGAUGUGCCACUAAUCCGACUGAAUACCGAUAAGGACGUACCGGCCAUAGGGUUGGGCACGUGGCAAACGGAAGGACCCGAAGUGGUCAAUGCAGUGAUGAAUGCAUUGGAAGCCGGCUAUCGGCAUAUCGACACCGCCUGGUUCUAUCACAACGAGAAAGAUGUGGGCAAAGGUAUACAACAGGCCAUCGAUAAGGGUAUUGUCAAACGCGAAGACAUCUUCAUUACUACGAAAGUAUGGCCGAGGAAUAUGAAUCGCAGAAAAUCAUUGGAUAUCAUCAAAAACUCGCUGAAAGAGUUGAACACUUCGUACGUCGACUUAGUGUUGGUUCACUGGCCACUAGGCUUUGCCAGAGCAACAGCUGAAGUCUAUAAGGGUUUGGAAGAUGCCUACGAUAAGGGAUGGGUGCGAUCGUUAGGAGUGUCCAACUUUAAACCGGCUGAAAUUGCCGAACUCCAGAAAACGGCAAAAGUCAUGCCCAGUAUGAAUCAGAUCCGAGUCCAUCCGGGCUUCAACCAGAACAAGACAAUCGACUGGUGCAACAAAAACAAUAUUACUGUCACCGGCUAUUCACCGCUGGGAACGGGAGCCAUACUUCGUGAUCCGACACUCGUGAAAAUAGGUAAAGCAAUCAACAAGACUACGGCUCAGGUGGCCAUCCGGUGGCAAAUACAGCGCCAACUGGUUGUCAUACCGAAGAGUACAAAGAAGAAUAGGAUUAUUGAAAACUUUGAUGUCUUUGACUUUGAAUUGACUGACAAUCAGAUGAGACAAAUCAAUUCAAUUAAACAACAAAAUAUCAGAGAUUUUUGGGGAUAA